CACGAACCAGACAUCCUUUUCUUACUACGAAGUAGAAGUGCUAGAGAUAAUCUACGUUCAACUCGGCGGAGGCGCAGAGGAAUCUUAACAAUUACACGAAGUUAAGCUGCGGAAAGAACGAACAAUAGAUCGGAGCACUCGUCGAGCACAAAAACGCCUACAAACUCCCGGGAACGAUGGAAGCUGGCGGCAGCGUUGGCAACAGCCGCGAUCUUCCCGUGGCUAGAAAGGCGUCGCCAAGUACCAAAAAGAACCACAAAAGCCGAGAUCACUACAAYGACUCGAAUCGAGAAAUCGAUAAGGAGCACCUGGCAAAAUUGUUGCGGGCGAGCGCGGAUAUCGUCGAAAAGGGUGAGUUUGCUUCUGUCCUAUAYGAAGCCCUCCAGGAUUUCCGGGUGUACUACAAACAAAACUACCCAAAGAAUCACAAGAAAAAGAAGCACAGUAGCAAACACGGUCAGCAGAGCCUUGUGCGAGAGAAUUCGGGCAAUUCUCACCUGACCGCAGGUUCCGAGAAAACAAAUUCCGAAAGCUCGGAAAUUUUGAAGGAUCUAAAGCAUUCRGAAGAGAACGCACCGAAAUCGGCCCAUGCAGCGCACCAUGUAGACACAAAGGAAGACGCAGAGAGUGACACAUUGCAUGGGAACAAAGCAAAUGCUUCGCAUGAUGCUGAGUCCCCCGAAGAGACUGGUGCAAACCCCGAUAAGGACGACGGUGAUACUGCUGGUGCAAACCAUUCCGCGAGCAGGCAUGAACAAAUGAAACCAGAAGUUUCUGCUCCAUUUGAUGAGGAGAAAGUUGCAGAGAAAAAGCAGCCGUCUCCMGAGGAAAGUGAAACUACCGAGGAAGACGAAAAACCCGGUGGAACCGAAAGAGCAUCUGUUGCCUCUGUGGUUCCUCCGUCACCAUAUUUUGCACGAAAAUUGGCAAAACCGAUCCAAGUGGAGAAAAAAGACACAGUCCCCGAACACUACGUUGUUGCGUCUGGAGCUGCGGCUGCGGCUUCUCCCACCCAUCAAUCCAACAACCGAGCGUUUGGAAAGAAAUUCAAUCUCGGGGCGACAUUCAAGAACGUGAAAAAGGCCGCCAUGAAUGUGACCGAAAACAUCAGCGAAAAAAUCCCGGGCAAAGCUCACCACCACAACAAACCAGCAGAAGAUCUCGGGAUUUUCUCCGAGAGCGGCAUUGCCAUGGCUGAAUCCUCGGGCCGUCGGCGGUCUGAGGGAGUUGGAAACGACGAGUUCGGAAACGCGGAAUUUCAGUCCCGCGUGACUGGUGGUGAGGCGGGCGUGACCGCUUCGGCAGGUCAUAACGCUUCAGAACAAAAGAAUGACAAAAACAGCUACCAACAAUUUUCGCACGAAGUUGGAAGCAAGAGUGCCCCUCCGAAGCCUCCCCUCAGCAGAACAGGACCGGCGCUCUUUGAGUCUCAGAGGUUUGUGGAGCAAUCACCACCAAAGCAAUUUGAGUCGACUCCGGAGGAUCGAAGCGGCAAGAGCAUUGGCAGUCACGACUGUUCGGAAUCUGACGGGAUCCRGGGAGGGUUCGARACUUCCCCGGCCGUACCAGACCGUAUUAUGGAGCUUGGAGGCGGCGGCCUGAUGUCCAAGCCAUCCUUCCAGCGACCUGCCAAUAAGGAAUCCGCGUUGGUAGCAAAUGGAUGGAUCGAACAAUUCCGACGGUCGAAAAUGAGACACGUUUGGAAGGAAGUUCUGGCGAGUCUCGUGGAGGGUCGAAAGCCGGGAGAAGUGACCACGCUGUGGAUCCAGCGAGAGGUAGCGGAUCCGAUCACCGGUCAGAAAAAAUUAGAAGCUCUGCAUCGGAUCCCCCUCAAGAUGUUGGAGGACGUUUCACUGACCGAACACAGUACAGACAAUCAGUUCCGUCUGAAACUUUUCAASGGCACCGAAGACUUUGUCUUUCGUUGCAGUGACGCUCCGAUCGAUGCCAUGAGGUGGGUUCAAAUGCUGAAACAGCACGAACAGCUGGCGAAGGGAACUAUAAAGAACGCAACGAACGGUUAUCACAAAGAAAGCAAUGUUCCGGUACAGCAGCAGCGUUCUCCGACUACGAAAGGAAUGGCAAUUCGCGACCUGAGAGCCAUUUGCCACGGAGCGGGGAUCAACACGGCGGGAAUGGAACGCGCGCAACUGGAAGCUGCCGCGGCAGAGGUUCAAAGCCGGGGAACCUACUUCGAUCAACGGGGAGCACCUACAGCACCUUCGCCUGCCCGGUAUCCGACACAACAGGAAAAACAACAGCACCAACCGUCGCACUAUCCACAGCCCGUACAGGCCGACCACAGCAACGAUCACGCUAGAAAUGCACCUGCCAGCUCUGCAGAAUACCCGCAGCAGCAGCAAGAACAGCAGCAAGCCGAACCAAAACGCCUUGCGAUCAAAGACCUGCGUGCCAUCUGCCACGGUGCCGGAAUCAAUACAGCAGGUAUGGAGCGUAGAGAACUCGAGGCUGCGGCCAGGGAGGUAGAAAGCCGUGGAACAUACUUUCCUAGCACGAUUGCGGGUACACCUGCACCUUCCGAGGAGGAAACACGAGCCCGACAAGAGGAAUACAGAAGGCAGCAGCUACAGCAACAAGAGGAAUUGAGAAGACGCCAGGAAUCUGAUGCAGCACUGAAACGCCACCAACAAGAAGUGGAAGAGUCACGCCGCAGGGCAGCCGAAAUGGAGGCGCGGCGGCAGGAAGAGGCCCGUCGAAGGGCGAUGGAAGAGGAACAGCGCCGCAGGGCAGCCGAGGAAGAAGCGCGGCGGAGAGCGGCCGCGGACGAAGCUCGCCGCAGAGCCGCCGCAGAGGAACAGGCACGGCGCCAACGGGAAGCCCACGUGGCGCAGGAGCGAUACGCCCAGCAGCAGGCAGCCUGGCAGCAGCAACAGCAAGCGGAGCAGCAGCGCCGGCACCACGCCGAGCAGCAAGCUGCCCAGGAACGCAGGCGUCGCGAAGAAGCCAUGAGGAAAGAGCAGCAGUGGGCUGCCGCAGCCCCGGGCGCUCAUCCGCAACAGCAGUGGCAGCAACAGCAUCAGCAACAAUACCAAGCCUAUUCACAGCAGCAGCAGCAACAGCAACAUCCGCCCCAGCAACGCUGGCAGCAGCAACAACAACAACAACAACAACAACAACCACACCAGCGCCCACCACCGCAGCAGCAGGCGCCACCUCGUGCUCCUCCGCCCCAACAACAGCAGAAGCAGAGUUCGGGUGCGGACAACAAGUACGCCCAAAUGGCCAAUCAAUCGGAGGACGACGGCCAAGCCGCAAUCACAAAAAUCAAGCACAGCAUUUUGAUUUCCUGGGCCCUGCAGCCUCCACAGCUCCAGAUGCUGAGACCCAUCGCCGCGCUGGUGACCACGAUUCACACCGUUUUUCCGCCCGCUCUUGGGGUUGCGGGACACGACUACUUCAAGAAGUGGAAGCCCAUCGGCCGCGAGGACGUGGCCGGAGUGAACGGACUGCCGGAGGACUCGAAGCUGAAGAAAUCGGUGCGCAAGAUCCGCUUCUUUCUGCACCCCGACAAGCUACCCCACGACCUGAACGAGGAGCAAAAAUUCAUGGUGAAAAUGCUGUGGGACGUUACGAACGACUCGUGGGAAGAAUACCAGAAGCACAAGGAGGACUUGGACUGGGUCAACUAAUCGAUAGCAUUGCCGCACUGCGCUGCCCUUCAUUCGUUACGAAACGUUUGGUCGAUGCGCGUAACUUGUAUUCCCUGCGCAUUGAAACGUCGCACGGAACGAGUCUUCUUCCGACCGAAGAAAUGGUACCGCUCGAAACCUCUUUUGGAAAGWUGGACUUUAGGAAAGUGUUCUCCGGUCGGCAUAGCACGGUGUGGUAUUAUACAGAGAAUCGUCGAGAUGGGAGGUCUUCCCAGCAUCUCAAUGACAUAACUAAAAAUAAURAAUAAUGCAAAGAUUUCACC